AUGCCACACUACAAACUCACUUAUUUUAAUAUGAGGGGGAGAGCAGAAAUUAUUCGCUAUAUAUUUGCCUAUUUGGACAAAAAGUAUGAAGACCACAGAAUAGAACAAGCUGACUGGCCUGAAAUCAAAUCAACUCUCCCAUUUGGUAAGAUUCCUGUAUUAGAAGUGGAUGGACUUGCCCUUCACCAGAGUCUAGCAAUUGCAAGAUACUUGACUAAAAACACAGACUUAGCUGGAAAAACAGAAUUGGAACAAUGUCAAGUUGAUGCUGUCGUGGACACGUUGGAUGACCUCAUGUCACGUUUUCCAUGGGGAGAGAAAAAACAGGACAUAAAAGAAAAGAUGUUUAAUGAACUGCUCACACAUGAUGCACCUAAUCUUCUGCAAGAUUUGGACAAAUAUUUAGGAGAAAAAGAAUGGCUUGUUGGUAACUUUGUAACCUGGGCAGAUUUCUACUGGGAUAUUUGCAGUACUACGCUUCUGGUCUUUAAACCCGACUUGCUGGACACUCAUCCCAGGCUAGUAACUUUACAAAAGAAAGUCCAAGCCAUUCCAGCUAUCGCUGACUGGAUACGACGGAGGCCCCCAACCAAACUCUAGGUGAUGCACGCUGCGUCCAAAUGCCCGUGUUCUUCACAGGAUCUUUUCUAGCAGUUAUGAUGGCUCCAUUAGCUUCCUAUAUAACCCAAACCAAAAACUCACCUCCUCCCCCACUGUUCCCAAGACAUUUUUUUUCAACUUUGCCCUCUCUGCUUUUAAGAAACCAAAACCAAAAGGCAUUUUGCUUAAAGCAUUUUCCCUCCAAAUUGCAUCACAUCGGCUUGAUCUGCAGCAGCCUGGUUCAGAUCUCAGUGAGGCCAGUAAUAUUAGCUGCAAUUGCAUAAAGCUCUUCAGUGCACAAACCACUACACGAUUAUCUGACCACAUCACGACCAGUGACUAGUUACAGCCCCCAUCAGUGGUCACCGCCUAACUGUUCCUCUCGCACAGGCAGGAAAGCAGAUAGCUGCCUCAGUUUCCCACCAACAAACCCACUUUUCUGCAAAAAUGGAGAAGUGGAAAGAGGGAAGGCCCAACACAGAAGAAUAUGCCACAAACGAAAAGUGAUCGUGCUGGGGUGAAAUGGAAAUUGCACACAGGUGGAGUUCAGAAGACACCGCCUCAUUUGCACGCAGAGGGACACGGGGGAAAUGAACUUAUGGGCAUAAAGGAGGGAAACGGUUGUGACCAAAACGAAGAAACCCCAGAGGAUUAACACUUGCAAAAACAUCACAUUAAAGGACUAAAGAUAAUUCAUGACACUGAAAGAGCAAAGGACAAAUUGCUGGAAGCGAUCCAAAUUUAGUGUAUAAAAAUUCACUAAAGCAUACAAGGAAGACAGGCAAAGGGCACGAUUGUUAACAAGAUUUUAAAAACAAAACAUAAUCAACAAUUAACUUGUGGAUGUUCCUGUAUUUUAAAUUACAGUGUACUAUAUGAGUAAUCAGAGACUCUAGGACUGGGUAGACCUGCGCCCAUGGGUUCCUGAGACAUAACUCUGGAUAGGAGCGAAAGCCUGGGCUUUCUCCCUUGGAGCAGCUAGUAGCAUUGAAAGCCGACCUUGUGCUUCAGCAGCCCAACCGGUAACCACUGUGUCUCCCGAGUUGUAAUCAACUCCACAGCCGUAUUAGAAAGCCCUUGUGGCACUGUGGAAUGAGCAUUGGGCUGCUAACUGCAAGGUUUGUGGUUCAAACUCACUGAUUACUCUGCAGUAAAGAUGAGACUAACUUCUCCCUUAAGGUUUAUAGUCCUGGAACCACUGGGUCAAAAUCGACUAGAUUACAGGAGGUUUGGCUUUUUACUUAUUAGCUUUGCUUAUUAUCACUUCGGCAUUUACAACCAAUAAUGAUAAAGUUCCUAAUGCUUUGGCAAAAAACAAAUACAGCUUUAAAAGGUUACGGGAUGAUCAUGAACUGUCCCAUGGUUAAGAGUACAGCUAUUUGUAGGCUCCCAUAUUACCGUAGAAAGUGAGAGCUCUGGAUAGGCGGUUUAAAUAGAAACCUUCCAAAUAACUAUAUAUUCACACCCUUCCUUCUCUAUUUUAGAACACGAUUUUAUAGUUUUUGGUUAAAAAAGAACAUAAUCUUUCAACUCCAUUUCUACAAAAUAUUUUUGAAGGCCCCUCAUAUAAUCAUGAUCAGAGCAUCUCAUUUUAACAAGUAUUGAUUAUGGAUUAUCAAAGGUCACUAUGUCAUUGUGGAAAGGCUCAUCAGUGAACUACAUGGCCUUCUUGAAAAGCAGUGAAGAGAAAAUAAAAUAACAAAUGAAGGCGGUGGGUGUGGUGGGAGAGGAACAUAAAGGGAAAAAAGGCAAAACCCACACCCAAAGCCCAGCUGGGUACAAUCUUAAGGUGCUUCUUUGCCCCAGUGUUUCCUAAAAUGUUAUUUUAUAAGUUACUAAGAGGUAUACAUAAAAACCAGUGUUUCCAAAAUGCCUUUCUUGGUUGGA